CUGUGAUUAUUUCAGUGCUUGCUGGCUGUUUGCGUUUCUUACUGUGCAUGAUUUGUUGUAUACAUUCUACAUUUGGUUCCUUCGUCGCCUUUCUCGUGUUAUUCACAUCUUUCCAUUGACCUGUUUGAUUUUAAAGGAAUAACUCACAUUUUCUCCUCUUUCAGAAUUCUGAAAGGAACGGCUUCAUCUCCGCAUACCGAUCGAAAUGUCGUCUCUCAUUGAUGAUAACGUGACCCAUGUUCCAAUGCUACCAAGCCCAACGACUGUAUUAAACACAGCCCCGCCGGACAAGCAGGGAGGUGGUGGCGGCGCAGUCCUCAAUGAACUAUACCUGAAAAUAAUAUACGCCCUCAUUGGCCUUCUCGGGAUAGUCGGAAACAGUAUUGUUUGCCUGGUCUUUACGGUUAAACGGCGGCAAUUCCAAUCGAUUACAAAUUACCUUAUAUUGAACCAAUCGAUCAUAGAUCUUGUAGACUCCAUCUUUUUUAUUCUCAUUCACUAUGCAUCCCCGAACGGCCCCAUCUCGGAGACGGCUGCCUUACCGAGCCGAGGCCUUGCCGAGUUCUUCUGCCGUAUGUGGGACUCGGAGUAUCCGCUGUGGGCGCUUUACAUCGCCUCAACCGCGAACCUCGUGAUCCUGUCUUUGGAGCGCUACUUCGCAACAUGCCGUCCCGUCAUUCACCGCAACUUCUUCACAGUCCGCCGGGCGAAGUGGGCGAUGCUCUGCGUCUGGGUCUACGGUGCCGUCUAUCAACUCUACUGGCCUCUCGUGCAGACCUUCUCCGAGGACUGGCGAUGCCAUCCCAGCUGGCCAAACCGUGUCGUCCAGAUAUUCAUGGGAGUACUGCUCUUUACGCUUGAGUACCUUAUCCCCCUUGUAAUCAUGACAUUCUCCUACGUCAGUAUCAUACACAUGUUACGCAAUCGCACCAAGAGUCACGGAAAGGUACAAGUCAACGCGUUCCAACGCGCUAAGCGGAACGUAACGACAACGCUUUGCAUCGUGUUCGUAAGCUACGUCGUAUGCUGGACGCCAACGGAGUUGUCCUACCUCGCUUACAACCUUGGACAUAACUACAACUUCGAAAGUGCAAUCCAUGACGUCGUGAAAGGUCUGGUGGCAUGCAACCUCUGUGUAAAUCCAUUUAUUUACGCGUUCAAGUACGAGCAUUUUCAAACUGAACUAAGGAAUAUGUUCUCCUCUGUAUGCACGGUAUGUAACCCAGGGAAUCGAAUAAGUAGUGAGGCUCGCGGAACUGUUCUGAGUCCGACAAACAAUUCCUCGAACAACACACCUUGACAUGAACUCUAUUUAUCUAUGUCUAUGUCUACACUCUUCGGCUAGAAAGAACCGUGUACUUGGUGAGCUAUGGGAAGACAUGAUUCGCACCGUUAAUUAAGAUUCUCAAUAUCCUAAUGAUGUGAAGAUAGUUCUAUACAUUGUCGACACCUCUUCACCCUGUGUAUCCGUGGUGUGUCAACAUAGAGUGAUGUGAAGAUUCAAUGAAUUAAAUCUUCGGAUAGUCCACUAUGUGAACACACUGCGGACACUCACACUGAAAUUUCAUAUUUUGUUCCACACUGUGAAAGUAUUGUCGGGAUAACUGUGGGACACUAUCACUUUAAUCAUUUUAAUUUGAAACAAAAUACUGGAUUGGUCUUCACAAACGCUUAGGUUUCGGAUUAAUCUUGUUUAUUGCGACAAAGUGAAACGCAAGCAGAAAUUGGAAACUGUAUGUAUAUAAAGACAACGUGUAUUCUAGCACCACAAAUAUAUUUUUGCAACCGCGUGACUUUGCAUUGACAAUUAUUCUCAAUUUAGAUUUGGGUCUGGAGAAAUUAUAUGGCUGUGAGCGGAUAUGAAAGAAAGAAAUAUCCCUUUCAAGCAAAUGCCCCCUCCCCCGAAAAAGGGGGGGGGGGUAGAAUCCAUAGGUGUAGGCAUAAAUGUUUCAACCUGUCAUUGUUGCAGUAUCAUAGUGUUUUGGAGACUUUGGUGUCCUCCUCUGUCUCUGUUCCGUGCUGCUCAAGAGCUUUGAAAUGAUGGGUUUGCGUGUGUUUCCGGGAUAUGUCUGUGGGCGUGAUGAUGUGUGAGGGCGUGCUGUGUCUUUGGUCAGAUAAAGAAAAAAACAUGACUCGCUGAAAGGGGUUUUGCAUAGGGAGUUUGUGUACGGGUGUGUGUGUGUUUGUGUGUGUGCGCGCGCGAGAGAGAGAUCGGAUGUGUCAUAAGUGAGGGAGGGUUGUGAUUAUCCCAUGUGGUGCGCACUUGCUCACACUGACAAACGAGCACUUGCAAACAAACAUAACACGAAGACAAACCUAGGUAUGAGGACAUCGCAGGUCGCACUUUGGAAAUGG